AGCUUUCGUCUCUGUGCUCUGCAAAUGCUGCCUCGGCGCCGCCAUCUGGGAUCUGGUGAGUCUUAGCUGUCUCCCCCCCCCCCCAUAGGAUGCACUGGGGUUUCGGGGGUGGGCAGGGUCGCUAGGGAGGAUGCAUGGGGCCAGCUCAGCUCAUGCAGGGAGCUGGGCGCUGUGCACAGAGUCCGGAAGGGACUCCAGGGGUCCAACCCCCUCAAAGCAAGGCCAGGAGCAGAGGUUGCUGCCCGCUUCUCCUCUGCAAAGGCAGGGAGCGAGCGAGUUGACAGGAGCUUUGCAACUCUAAGUCUGCCUUUGGAUCAAUACGCUGCUUUCCGCUUUAGUGAGGGUCUUUGGGUCAGGGGAAAGACAGCAUGGAAAUACAGUGGUACCUCGGGUUAAGUAUUUAAUUCGUUCCGGAGGUCCGUUCUUAACCUGAAACUGUUCUUAACCUGAAGCACCACUUUAGCUAAUGGGGCCUGCCGCUGCGCCGCUGCUGCACAAUUUCUGUUCUCAUCCUGAAGCAAAGUUCUUAACCUGAGGUACUAUUUCUGGGUUAGCGGAGUCUGUAACCUGAAGCGUUUGUAACCCGAGGUACCGUACCACUGUAAGCAAAAUUGAGAUUGUAGCGGGACAGAAACUUUUGGGCAUAAGAUGAUAGAACCACAGAAUUGUAGGGUUGGAAGGGAUUCCGUGGGUCAUCCAGCCUCUGCUUAAAAGCUCCAAGGAAGGAGAGUCCACAGCCUCCCUAGGGAGACUGUUCCAUGCAAGAAAUAGAGACGAAAACUUGACCCCUGCAACAAAUAUGGAAAGACUGUUGGAAGAUGGAGGGCAGAAAAAAGAAAGGGCUUCUUCAAGUGGUGCCGAGUUAAACUAUGCAACUCCCUCCUGCAGGAAGCAGUGAUAGUCACCAACCCAGAUGGCUUUAAAAAUCAAAACCUGAAAAGGGAGAAAAACUGCAAAUUCCAACAGGCUCCUCCCUGUCUUCUUGAGGCUCUAUAUGUGUCUUUUUUUGGGGGGGGGAGAUGCCCUUGAUUAGUCGCCAAAGAGCAGCACUCCAGAUAUUAUUAACCCAAGCCUCUAUUGGUAUAUUAGAGGUUUCCUUCCGUCGUUGGGAAAUUAUUAGUUUAGCUGCUGUGAACAGGAAAGAAAUUAAUUUUUUAGAUUUAAGGUUGGAGUUUGGGGUCAAAUCUAGUGAUAAUAAAGCAAGUGCCAAAUUAGGAGGGAUAUUUUGGUAAUUUUGGAGGUCAGGUGAAAAACUUUUUGCCAAAAGACAUGGACCACAGUACACUCCCACCAACCAUGGAAGUAGGAACCUCAUUCUCCACAACUUUUCCAGCAUAAUGGUGAGCUGGAUGGAUUGAUCUUUGCAAGGCGUAGGGGGGGGGAGUGCAAAGUCACCAAAAGAUAAUUUUAAGGGAAAUUUCCUGGAGGUGAGCUGAAAUUGUUGUUAGAAAAGGAUUAUGCCAUAUAGAUUCCCAUGUUUUUUCACUUAUUGAGGUUUCUAUGUCAUUCAAAUAUCUUCCAUGCUGCCCACAAAGCUGUCUACUGUAUAUGUAUCUUGGGGCUUUAUUCCCCCCCACACACACUUGAGGCUUUAUAUUAUUAUUGUUCUGGUUGUUAUUGUGAGUAUUGCUAUCACUACUACUAUAUUUAUUGCCCAGGGCAGGUUACAACCAUUUUAAACCUUCGUAUUGACAAGAGUGAAAACAAAUGACAGUCAGAGCAAUAGGGUGGGUCCUGAAAGCACAAGUCUCCAGUGUCAGAGGCCAUAGUGAAGAGGGGAAGGUACCAGGUGCUAGGAUCAUGGCAAUGAAAGUACUGAAUAGAGUUCAGGUGAUAACACAAUCCUGUUUAACACCUGAUCCCACUAUGAAUGGUUCACUUUGAGGGCCCAGAAACCUAUGUCCCCAUUGUGGAAGGACGUGUGGAUCCAGAAUUGGCUUCCACAGUCACUUAUGGACUCACAGUAAAAACUGUGUUUAUGGAGGACAAUCUUACUUGGCUACGAGUGCCGAGGAACUGCCACAAGGAUGCGCUGUUUUGGGCUACCUCUUCACCUAAAACGCAGAGGGUGGUGAAACUCCCAAGGGAGCCCCCUUUGCCAACCUGAGCACCCAAGAGUGUAGAGAAGGAGAUGGUUCUGCUUAAGUGAACAGCUCACGUGAGCACUUUGAAUUGGGUCUGGAAAUGAAUGGACAACCCCAGCAGCUCUUUUAAAACAAGAAUUAAAUGUGUUAUCAAAGGUUGUUGCACAGCCCCCAGUCCCCUCCCCAUUCAUCUUUUCAUGGUGGUAGAUGGGAAGAAGUGGUUGUGGAACCAGACCAGGUAGGGUGAAGGAGCAAUGAGGUGACAUAGGCUGAGCGGUGGGGCAGCCAGGGUUCCCCUGGGCCUGAAUGAAUCUUCUAAGCAAUUGACAAACCAUAAAAAAAAAAAAAUCAGUGGUCAGGAUUCACAUAACCAGCUCCAUCACUUGCACAAUGGGGCUUCCCCCAAUGUCCUCUACCUCCCUGUGCCCCCAUGUGCCCCUUGACAUUGGCUAAGGGCAUCGGGAGGGUAUCUCAAUCCCCAUAACAUCACAUGGCUUGCUCAGACAGAAUGAUUAGAAUAACACCAUGUGGAGUUUCAGCCAUUUUUACAAAGAUGUUAAAAAAAACAUGCACAAUUAAAACAUGCAGCAAAAGAAUCCUAUUAAAACAACAAACAACAGAACAAUGUGUUGGAGAUAAUGUUUAUGCUAAGAGAAUGACAUUUUUCUUUGUCUUUUAGGGUCCUUUGUGCUUUGAAGAAGUAGCUGUUUGUGGGAUCAUGGACUCUCUCGGUAAGGCUCCCUGUUGGAUCACAUGUGUUUUGAAAUUCAAUACAUAUCCCUAAGCGAGGAACCUCCAGUAUCUUAAAGGAGCUCAACUGCACCACCUACAGCAUCUGGAAUUCUAAACCUUCCACAGCCUUGAAUGAAGGGCUGUCUACUGUUUGGUCUGUGAAUAUUCUUCCUCCGGUUAUUCCUUUUUAAACCAUGAUCAGCCUGGUCUGAACUGAUAAAUGUAGACUACAGAGUAGCUUCUGUCUAUUUUUGGUUGAACAAAGAGACAGCAGCCUUUGGAGAUGGAGCAGAUUCCAUUAAUGGGCCAAAUAAAACCCAUCCCAGGAAAGAGCUAGGUUUUUCAAAUCUCAGGUUCUCAUAAAUAGCAUUAAAUAGCAUUAAUUAGCAUUGUUCAAUACUUUGAGGCUCCAUUUCUUCCCAAGGCUUUAAUCUAUUUCGCUGUUUGUUGCAGGUGGUGAUGAUUUGGAAAUUAAGAACAAGGGAGACCACAGCAAAACACACACAGUGGAGAGACAAUCAAAAUAUUCAGAGGGUGGAGAGAAUUUCAGUCAGAGCUCCCAUUCCAUUUCCAGUCAUGGAAAUCCUAUUGAGAAGAAACCUUUCCAGUGCUUGGAAUGUGGAAAGAACUUCAUUCGAAACUCCCAUCUCACUUCCCAUCAAAGAAUUCAUACUGGGGAGAAACCUUAUCAGUGCUCGGAAUGUGGAAAGAGCUUCAGUCAGAAGGAAAAUCUCACUUCCCAUCAAAGAAUUCAUACUGGGGAGAAACCAUAUCAUUGCCUGGAAUGUGGGAAGAGCUUUAAUACAAGCACAAGCUUCCAUAGACAUAAAAAUAUUCACCGUGGGGAGAAACCCUACACGUGCUUGGAAUGUGGAAAGAGCUUCAGUCAGAACACUCACCUCACUUCCCAUCGGAGAAUUCACAGUGGGGAGGAACCAUAUCAGUGCUUAGAAUGUGGAAAGAGCUUCACCUGGAAGGAAAGUUUCAUUUCCCACCAAAUCAUUCAUACAGGGGAUAAACCGUAUCAGUGCUUGGAAUGUGGAAAGAGCUUUAAUACAAGCAAAACCUUUCGUCAACAUCAAAGUAUUCAUUGUGGGGAGAAACCAUUUCGGUGUGAAGAGUGUGGAAAGAUUUUUAGACGAAAGGAAAAUCUCACUUCCCAUCAAAGAAUUCAUACAGGGGAGAAACCAUAUCAGUGCUUUGAAUGUGGAAGAAGCUUCACCCAGAAGGAAAGUCUCAAUUCCCAUCAAAUAAUUCAUACAGGGGAGAAACCCUAUCUGUGCUUGGAAUGUGGAAAGAGCUUCAACCAGAGGGCCAAUCUCAUGGCUCAUCAAAGAAUUCAUACAGGGGAGAAACCAUAUCACUGCUCAGAAUGUGGCAAGAGCUUCAGUAAGAGGGCCAAUCUUACGGCCCAUCAAAGAGUUCAUACAGGAGAGAAACCAUAUCAGUGCUCGGAAUGUGGAAAGAGCUUCAGUCGGAACUCCCAUCUCACUUCCCAUCAAAGAACUCACAGUGAGGAGAAUCAUAGAAUCACAGAAUUGUAGAAUUGGAUGGGAACCAGUGUUGAACCAAAGGUGAGACUGUUCUGGAAGGCCUGCAAAUGCCAUAGUGGUAGUCAAGAUAACCGCAAACUAAUUGGUAGUUGUUUAAGUAAUGAAUUCACCUAUGUUUAUGUAUUUGCUCUGGUAUAUGCAAAUUGGCUUGCUUUGACGCUAUGCUUAUGUGUGGGCUGGGGUGCUGGGCUCUUGGCCCAGAAAAGGAACCUAUCUGUAAGACUUGAGUAUUUGCUACCUAUGCCCUCAUUGGCCAGGUGGAAUUAAGGGAGGUUCUCGCCAAAGUGACAUACGCUACUUUGUGCAAAAGUAUUACUUAAUAUUGUACAUUGUAGAAAAGUCAUGACGACCUCUCACUGCUCUGGUGGCUUACUCGUGUCUGUAACGGCAGUGGGGCUGUGCAGGUAUGUCACAAAUUUACACCUUUCUGGAAUAAAGCACUAGAACUGGUCAUUCUGGCACUUUUGACAUCUUUCCUUGGUAUCCCUGCAUCAAACCACUCGUACAGGCCCUCCUUUGAGCCUGUCAAUUGGUGUAGAUACUAAAAUAAGGUGGAUUGGGGUAGGAAGGCCAUGGGGCUGCAGAGGAUCCAGCUUAUUUUAUUGAUGACUUGUUAAUUAUUUCAUAUAACUUAUGCUGCAUUUGUGAUGUUAUGUUCUAUUGUUUGUAAGCCACUUUGGGAUUUCUUUGAAUGGAAAGUGGUAUAGAAAUACAACCAAUCCAUUCCAAUCCAAUCCAGUCCUCAGCCUGCUGGGCUGCUCAGGGAGAUGGGCAGUGUUUUCAACCUUCCCCUUCCUCCCCAUAUGGGGUAAAGCUCCCCGUUCCUCCCUUUCUGAACAGGCAGAGGUCAAGGAGGGAGCAACUGUGCCUGCCCCUGUUGGGAGGCCUGAAAAAGCCAAGAAAAUGGAUUAUGUGGGGAGUAAAAAAGGAGAGAUCUUUGGAACCCAGAGAAAGUGGGAUCAGCAGAGCAGGAGUGACAGAGGAACCAGGAAGAACAAACAAAGAAAAAUGGGAAAUCCUUUCCAAAAUGGACCAUGGAGGUAGAACAGGUCAGUGACCUGCAAAUUGAGCUUUCAUUUUAUUUUGGAUAUAAUAUUCAGUUAGAAUCUUGAGAAAGGCUGUGGAAUAAAGGUAUGAACUUUACUGCAUAUAGUGCACUUAAAAAAAAUGUGAUGAAAAUGAUAUAUAGAUGGUAUUUAACACCAUCAAAACUUGGUAAAAUGUAUAAGACAAGAUCUAACAAGUGUUGGAAAUGCAAAGAAAAGGAAGGUAUCUUUUACCAUAUGUGGUGAACUUGUAAAGAGGUGAAGGCUUUUUGGGAAAUGAUAUAUAACGAGUUAAAGAAAAUGUUUAAAAACACUUUUGUUAAAAAACCAGAAGUCUUUUUACUGGGUAUAGUAGGUGAAGAGAUAUGAAAAAAGAUAAAAGACUGUUCAUAUAUGGAACAACAGCGGCAAGAAUCCUUUUAGCCCAAAAAUUGAAAUAACAAGAAGUACCAGUGAAAGAAGAAUGGUGGAUGAAAAUGAUGGACUUUGUGGAACUGGUGAAGCUGACGGGAUAAAUCUGAAACCCACACGAUCAAGUACAUUAAAAAAUACUGGAGUAAAUUUAUACAAUAUUUGAAAGAUCACUGUAAGCAAUUAACAACACUAGUAGGGUUAUCUGAAGACUUGUAAAAAGAUUUUUUUUUACCUUUCUAUAUAUAUUUAAAUUUUGAUGUAUUUAGUACAGUGGUACCUCUGGAUGCGAACGGGAUCCGUUCUGGAGCCCCAUUCGCAUCCUGCAGUGAACGCCACCUGCACGUGCGCGGGUCACGAUUCGUCGCUUCCGCACAAGCGCGUGAUGUCAUUUUGAGCGUCUGCGCAUGCGCAAGCAGCGAAAACUGGAAGUAACGCGCUCCAUUACUUCUGGGUCGCCGCAAAGCACAACCCGAAAACGCUCAACCUGAAGCUACUUCAACCCGAGGUAUGACUGUAAUGAGUUAUAUUAGAAUUGGAAAAUAUAUAAAAUGCUGUGAUAUAAGGUUAGUUUUGAAAACCAAGAGGUGGGAGGGAAGGAAGCUGACAGGCUCUAAAGAGCCAAAGAAGUAAAGUGGAUAAUAAUGAUGUGAUUAUAUAUGUUUAAAUGGAAAAUUAAUAAAAAUUAUUUAAAAAAUAAUAAUUGAGUUUUCAUCCGAAUUUCUUUGCCCCAAGUUUGCAAGGAGGUGACUGGUCUGAUCCUGCAGGGCUAUUCUUGUGCUCUGGCCAGGAAGGGUCCUUGGCUCCCAGUCACCCACCAGGCCCUGAGGAGACCCAGACUUGCUGAGCUUCAGCAAGGAGCGCACCUUCUGCUCAUACUCAGGGGCCUUGCUGGAGUCUGCUUUACCCCUUUGAAGGCCAGGACUGAAACUAUUUUUAUAUAUUGCAAAUUAUUCCUCCUUUCAUUUUUCUUUCUUUUUUAAUGGUGUUGGUUCCUUAGUACACUUUUUAAAGAGAGAACCUGAUUCAGCCAGAACUGCCACCAUCUUUUUACAGUUUGCUUCCUCCCUUGGAAUGCCACUGGGCUGCUGGGCUGUGUUACCUGCAGGUCCAGGAGUUCCCAGGGAAGAGGAUGAAUGGCCUGCUUUGUCCCUCCUGAGUGAACAGUCUGUUUCUGUGGCCUGGUGAGGCGCAAGAGAGGUAGGCUUUCUUGGUUCUGUCUUCACAGCCUAUGUGCCAAGGGCAGGGGUUGCAGCUGCUCUGCAGGGCAGCAGGAAAGGCUCAAAGCGAAUGUGGCAGACGGUGUUGGCAUUACCCACCUUUGGGAGGAAACUGGUCUAAACUUUUGCAUUUCAAUCCCCCCCCCCUUAUUAUUGGUAUACAUGGUGAAUUCUGUCUUUUUCAAUGAUUUGUGAUAUACCUUUUUUGAGUAGAAACCUUUUGUAUGACACACUCCAAUAAAUGUUUUGCAAUUUUA